AUGGCUCAGGGAAGAGGCAGUGCAAUGGCGGUCACAGUCACAAUCUUGCUGUGCAUGAUUCAGCUCCAUUUUGAAAUAGCUAGCGCAGCAAUCUACACUGUUGGAGGCCGUGGCGGUUGGAUCUUCAAUGUCGCUGGCUGGCCUAAAGGAAAGAGUUUUAAAGCUGGUGACGUACUUGUAUUCAAUUAUAACCCUGCAGCCCACAAUGUUGUUGGUGUUAGCAAGGCUGGCUACAAUUCAUGCACCGCCCCUAGAGGUGCCAAAUUUUUUACCUCAGGAAAGGAUCGGAUCAAGCUUAAAAGGGGACAGAAUUUCUUCAUCUGCACCUUCGCUGGCCACUGUCAGUCUGGAAUGAAGAUAGCGGUUACUGCUGCGUGA